AUGAGUACCCUCUUCCUGGCGGGUCUCCUGGCCCUUUGGACCCAGAUGGCCUUUACAUGUUCUGUGCCUCCAAGUGACAAACCUGGUUAUUGUCCCCCAGCUCUUUUUAAGUGUGUUAUACCAAAAGUUGAUCUGUGCAGUAUUGAUUAUGACUGCCCAGGAGACCAAAAGUGCUGUUACUUCAAUUGUCAUAAAGUUUGCAGAGAUCCACGAGAGAAACCUGGGAGCUGCCCCACAUAUGAAUAUUUCUGUAAACAAGGUGGUGAUCUUUGCACUAAUGACUAUGACUGUCCAAGAACAGAAAAGUGCUGUGCCUCCACUUGUGGAAAGAAUAAGAUCUGCCUACCUGUACUCAGCUGUGGGACACCUAAUUCCCCACCAGAUGAAGAAGAAGUGGCAGUGAGAAAGCAGGUGUAA